CCUCACUCUGGAGCACUACAUCCUCCUGUUCCGCAGGGGGCGCUCGUUAGAUGCAUGGAUGGUGUGACAAAAAGGGAAGGGUGGCUUUCCACUUUACAGUAUUAUGAAUGAAAGUCUGUUCUUUGAUUUUUAGCCCUGAAGUAGUUAAUAUCAAACAUUAUCAAUAAGCAUCUGAAAAGGAGCUGAACUAAGCUCGUAUAAAUUAGUUCAAGAUGUCUGCGAGUGCAGUGUAUGUCUUGGAUUUGAAAGGAAAGGUCCUGGUGUGCCGAAAUUACCGGGGGGAUGUGGACAUGUCUGAGAUUGAGCACUUCAUGACCCUUCUGAUGGACAAAGAGGAGGAGGGGACCCUCUCUCCAAUCCUGGCCCAUGGGGGAGUCCGUUUUAUGUGGAUCAAACACAAUAACCUCUACUUGGUCGCAACAUCCAAGAAAAACGCUAGCGUCUCGCUGGUCUUCUCCUUCUUGUACAAAAUUGUCCAGGUUUUUUCAGAGUAUUUCAAAGAAUUGGAGGAAGAGAGCAUUAGAGAUAACUUUGUCAUCAUAUACGAGCUGAUGGAUGAGCUGAUGGACUUUGGCUAUCCUCAGACCACCGACAGCAAAAUUCUGCAGGAAUACAUAACCCAGGAGGGACACAAGCUAGACACCGGCGCCCCGCGACCCCCCGCCACAGUCACCAAUGCUGUCUCUUGGAGGUCAGAGGGCAUCAAGUACAGGAAGAAUGAGGUCUUCCUGGACGUCAUUGAGUCAGUCAACCUCCUGGUUAGUGCCAAUGGUAACGUUCUACGUAGUGAGAUCGUUGGCUCCAUUAAGAUGCGUGUCUUCCUGUCUGGAAUGCCUGAGUUGCGGCUGGGCCUCAACGACAAGGUUCUGUUUGAAAACACUGGAAGAGGAAAGAGUAAAUCGGUAGAGCUGGAAGAUGUGAAGUUUCACCAGUGUGUCCGUCUGUCUCGCUUUGAGAACGACCGCACCAUCUCCUUCAUUCCUCCUGAUGGAGAGUUUGAGCUCAUGUCCUACCGCCUCAACACUCACGUGAAGCCCUUAAUCUGGAUUGAAUCUGUCAUUGAGAAGCACUCCCACAGUCGGAUCGAGUACAUGAUCAAGGCGAAGAGUCAGUUCAAAAGGCGUUCCACGGCCAACAACGUGGAGAUCCACAUUCCUGUGCCAACGGACGCUGACUCACCCAAAUUCAAGACCACAGUGGGCAGCGUAAAGUGGGUGCCUGAGAACAGCGAGAUCGUCUGGUCAAUCAAGUCCUUCCCUGGUGGAAAGGAGUAUUUGAUGCGAGCCCACUUCGGUCUGCCAAGUGUAGAGGCGGAAGACAAGGAGGGGAAGCCACCAAUUAGUGUCAAGUUUGAGAUCCCAUACUUCACCACCUCAGGCAUCCAGGUGCGUUACCUGAAGAUCAUUGAGAAGAGUGGAUAUCAGGCCCUGCCGUGGGUGCGCUACAUCACCCAAAAUGGAGAUUACCAGCUCCGGACCCAGUAGGCAGCGCAUCAGCCGGCAGUAGGCAGGUGGAAACCCGAGGGGGCGGAGUGGAGCCGCUAAUGCGUUAUCAAUGGCAGGUGUCAGUCAUAAGACCAGAAGACUGUCUUUUUGUUUGUUUUUGUUUUUUUAGUAUUUUUUGAAGUUAUAUUGAUUUCUGAUCAAUGCAAAAAUUAGAUGGAGCCUUCAGUUAGGUAAAGUUUAAAAAAAAAAAAAAAAUCUUUUACUACUGUGUGGCUCCUAAUGUGAAUGAGGCCAAGGAAAGCAGGAGUAAUGUUUACAUCUAGGACAUAUAGUGCAGAGAUGUACACAAUCUAUCACAAUGGGUCAAAUGAUUUAGAGGAGUAUGUUACAAUUCUCAUUUAAAGUUACUGUAAUCACAUCCACACAGGUUAAUGACUCUCCGGUCAGUCUGAGUAGGAUAUUUUUUUGAUACGAAGCUGCUUUGUUCUGCCACAAUUCCUAUUUGUUGAUUAUCUGUAUAUAUUUGUUACAUGUUAAUGAACUUCAAUCCAGUGUUAUUUGUUCAAUAAUUGUACAUUGAAAAGCAAAAUUCUCUUUUUUUUUCUAGUAUUAUCACCUCCAUGUGAUGCCAUUGAUACAUGCCAGAGCAAUGCCCUCCUGCAUGGCUGUUGUGCUGUUUGACUCCUCUGACAUUCAGCUUUGCAGUAAACAUGAAGUUUAAUUUGCACCGUAAACAGAAUACCAGUUAAAAAUCCCUCUUUUCCACCCCGACACCUGUUUCCCUUUUCCCUGUCUGUAACCACACACAUUUUAAAUCAUUAAAUGUCUAUUUAGAGAAAAGUGUU